CCCACUUAAACCCUAACAGAGAACAGGCGCGAAGAGCUCUCCGGAAGAGGAAAACAUGGCGGAUUUGAAGAGCAGAGGCAAGGAGGGAGCCAAGGGAGACAGAGGCAAGAGGAGAAAGUUCAGUCGUGGGAAGGGUUCUAACAAAGACGACAGGGGAAAGAGAAGGCACGGGCCUGGCUUGCCCAAUGUUCUCCGAAAGCAGAUUGCUCUUCAAGACGCGUCAGACUCUGAUGCUGCCGACUCUGAUGUCGCCGUCGGUGAUUUGUACGAGUACGAGCAAGGUUUUGCCGAGGAGGAAUCUAAGAAGAACAAACGAUAUGAUCCUGUGGAGAAUUACCUAAGUGAGCUACAUGAGCUUCCUGAAGACUUCAAGGAUGAGAAUGUGACGUCUGAGGAUGAAGACUAUGAAGAUGAUGAAAAUAAUCAAGACAGAGAUGAUUUUGAGGAGGAUGCUGAUGAAAGACAUUCACGGAUGUUGCAGGAAAUAACUGGCCUGCCCGGUGAUGCUUUUGUAGGUAAGAAGAAGAGAAGUGAAGCUAUAGUAUCUGAGGCAUAUCCAGAGUCUGAAUAUAAUCCCAGUCGGGAUAUUCUGGAGGGUGAUGGCCGCAUUAGUAUUCAAGAUCUUCUGGACCCACUCCAGGGGAAGUCAGGCUACAGCAAACUUAGGAAGAACAUACAAAGAAUGGAGCAAAAGUCCAUGUCCAUUAAUGCACCUCUCCCUAGACCAGAUCAAGAAAGAUUGGAACGAAAGGCUGCUUAUGAACAAUCCAAAAAGGAUAUUACAAAGUGGGAACCAUUGGUCAAGAGAAACAGAGAAGCAUCCACUAUCUAUUUUGAUGAAGAUAUAGACUUGGGAUUUUCUACUGUAGGUGCAAUAGCUGCUGAAUUUGAACCAAGAACAGAAUUUGAAAAGAAAAUUGCUUCUUUUGUUGGUGAUAGUGAAAUAGUUGAUGCUCAUAGAAAAGAUGGUGCAAGACUUCUUGAACUAAAUGAGUUAAGCAUUGAUGAUGUAAAGGACCGCCAAAAUCAACUAGCUAAAAUGCGCAGCCUUCUUUUUCGCCAUGAAAUGAAAGCAAAACGACUUAAAAAUAUAAAGUCCAAAACAUAUCACCGAUUGUUGAAGAAAGACAGAUUGAAAGCAACAACAUUUGCUGAAACAGAUCCUGAAGCUGCUAAAGAAUUGGCUAUGAAACAAGAGUUUAAAAGGGCUGAGGAACGGAUGACUUUGAAACACAAGAAUAAAUCGAAAUGGGCACAACGCAUCUUAAAACGUGGUUUGGAUGUCCAAGAUGAAGGAACUCGUGCUGCUUUGGCUGAGCAACUGAAUCAACAUGCUCUUUUAACUAGGAAGAUGAACUCUAUGAAAGAGGGUAAUAGUAGUGAUGAGAGCAGUGAUGAAGAUGACAUUGAUGAGAUUUCAGCUGAUUCGGAUGGGGAUGUUGCGACUAAAUUGUUGAAUAAAGCCAAGGACAAGACACUUAAAGUACUUGGAGAGGAUGAAGAAUUGCCUACUACAGGAGUGUUGUCUUUACCUUUUAUGGCCCGCAGCUUGAAAAAGAGGAAGGAGGAAGCUGAUGAAGAAGCAAAGGUUGCUGUUCAGCAGUAUGAAGAAUCACUGAAUGAGUUGAAGGACAAAAAUGUUGCUGAAACUCAAGAAAAGAAUGUGUUGAGUGGUAGGAGGGUCUUUGGGGCUUCCAAGAAACAGGUUCAACAGUCUAGUGAUAAGACGAAGUCAGACAAUUAUUAUGGUGACAGUGAUAGUGAAGGCGUGGAUGCUGAUGAAGCAAAAGAUGAGGGGUUUGGCAAAAAUAGGACUUCUCAAGUGGAAGUUUCUUUUGAUCCUAAUGUACUUCGCGAAGAGUCUGAGAUUGAUCAUUAUUCCAUUUUUAAGAGUUUUGAGGACAUUGCUAAAGACCCUGGGCCCAAGACAACAUAUGAAGUUGCUAUUAUGGCACCUAAGGAAAAGAAAAAGAAAAUGCUGAUGAAACACUUAUCAGAUGAUAAUGAGAAGAGAAUCACCGAGAGUGCCUCUGUUGGUGACUCUAAAGGGAUUACACAAUCUGCAGUGCAUGACAGUGAUGCAGAGGAAAUGGAUGACAGUGAUUCCGAUAGUGAAGGACAAAUGAUUGAUGGGAUGUUGUCUUCUGGGGUUAAGUCAAGUUAUGAACUCCCAUCUCAGGAAGAACUUAUCCGGCGUGCUUUUGCAGGCGACGAUGUUGAAGAAGUCUUUGAGAAAGAAAAACAGGAUAUCUUGAACGAGGAAAAUCCAGAACCUGAAAAGCCAGCUUUACUUCCUGGCUGGGGUCAAUGGACGAAUAUACAGAAAAAGAAAGGUCCACCCUCUUGGAUGCUUGAGCAACAUGAGAAUGCCAGAAUUAAAAGGGAAGAAGCCCUCAAGAAGAGGAAGGAUGCCCGUCUUAAUCAUGUUAUAAUCUCCGAGAAGUGGGAUAGAAAGGCUGAAAAACUACAUACCAAGACAUUGCCUUACCCCUACACAUCCACAGAAGUAUUUGAACACAGCAUUCGGAUGCCCAUCGGACCAGAGUUCAACCCUGUAACAGCAAUUGGAGCUCUUAAUCGUCCAGAGGUGGUUAAGAAAGCCGGUGUGAUCAUAAAACCUAUUAAAUUUGAGGAUGUGAAUCCUCAUGAAAGAGGUGAGGAGCAUAAGCAAGGUGAACAGAAACGGAAGAGAGGCAAGAGUGGUGGUGGGAGAGCCUCAAGGAAGAGUGCCAAGACCAACAAACGUGGUUUGGAUGUCCAAGAUGAAGGAACUCGUGCUGCUUUGGCUGAGCAACUGAAUCAACAUGCUCUUUUAACUAGGAAGAUGAACUCUAUGAAAGAGGGUAAUAGUAGUGAUGAGAGCAGUGAUGAAGAUGACAUUGAUGAGAUUUCAGCUGAUUCGGAUGGGGAUGUUGCGACUAAAUUGUUGAAUAAAGCCAAGGACAAGACACUUAAAGUACUUGGAGAGGAUGAAGAAUUGCCUACUACAGGAGUGUUGUCUUUACCUUUUAUGGCCCGCAGCUUGAAAAAGAGGAAGGAGGAAGCUGAUGAAGAAGCAAAGGUUGCUGUUCAGCAGUAUGAAGAAUCACUGAAUGAGUUGAAGGACAAAAAUGUUGCUGAAACUCAAGAAAAGAAUGUGUUGAGUGGUAGGAGGGUCUUUGGGGCUUCCAAGAAACAGGUUCAACAGUCUAGUGAUAAGACGAAGUCAGACAAUUAUUAUGGUGACAGUGAUAGUGAAGGCGUGGAUGCUGAUGAAGCAAAAGAUGAGGGGUUUGGCAAAAAUAGGACUUCUCAAGUGGAAGUUUCUUUUGAUCCUAAUGUACUUCGCGAAGAGUCUGAGAUUGAUCAUUAUUCCAUUUUUAAGAGUUUUGAGGACAUUGCUAAAGACCCUGGGCCCAAGACAACAUAUGAAGUUGCUAUUAUGGCACCUAAGGAAAAGAAAAAGAAAAUGCUGAUGAAACACUUAUCAGAUGAUAAUGAGAAGAGAAUCACCGAGAGUGCCUCUGUUGGUGACUCUAAAGGGAUUACACAAUCUGCAGUGCAUGACAGUGAUGCAGAGGAAAUGGAUGACAGUGAUUCCGAUAGUGAAGGACAAAUGAUUGAUGGGAUGUUGUCUUCUGGGGUUAAGUCAAGUUAUGAACUCCCAUCUCAGGAAGAACUUAUCCGGCGUGCUUUUGCAGGCGACGAUGUUGAAGAAGUCUUUGAGAAAGAAAAACAGGAUAUCUUGAACGAGGAAAAUCCAGAACCUGAAAAGCCAGCUUUACUUCCUGGCUGGGGUCAAUGGACGAAUAUACAGAAAAAGAAAGGUCCACCCUCUUGGAUGCUUGAGCAACAUGAGAAUGCCAGAAUUAAAAGGGAAGAAGCCCUCAAGAAGAGGAAGGAUGCCCGUCUUAAUCAUGUUAUAAUCUCCGAGAAGUGGGAUAGAAAGGCUGAAAAACUACAUACCAAGACAUUGCCUUACCCCUACACAUCCACAGAAGUAUUUGAACACAGCAUUCGGAUGCCCAUCGGACCAGAGUUCAACCCUGUAACAGCAAUUGGAGCUCUUAAUCGUCCAGAGGUGGUUAAGAAAGCCGGUGUGAUCAUAAAACCUAUUAAAUUUGAGGAUGUGAAUCCUCAUGAAAGAGGUGAGGAGCAUAAGCAAGGUGAACAGAAACGGAAGAGAGGCAAGAGUGGUGGUGGGAGAGCCUCAAGGAAGAGUGCCAAGACCAACUAAAAGCUACUACUUGCCACUGCUGAAACUUUUAGGCUGAAUUCCAAAGUUCUGUAUAAUUUCUUAUUCUUUUCUUUUUUACACAAAUUUGUAAUGAUUAUGAGGGAAUACUCGGCCAUAUAUUUCAAUCAAAUUUUGUUCCUCAUUCACCAAAA